UGCCCCGUCCGAGGCGAGGCCUCAACUGUGGAGGGGCCCCAAGCCGGCCGGGCCGCGUGGGUCGCGGUCUACGGAGGCCGGGGAGGCCGUGGGGCCUCCGUGCCUUUCCCGCUUUGCUUUCUCGAGAGCCCUUUCGUCUGUUUUUUUGUUGUUGUUGUUGUUGUUUGUUGUUUGUUUUUUUGUACAUCGGAUGUCUCUUUUGUACGUUGGAGAGCGAUGAGAUCCUCCCGGGCGCCUUGGGAAAGGCUGGUGGGCCAAUCCGAACUUUCCAUUCUCGGGCUCCUGAGGCCCUUCGGUUCUGCCCAACCUCUUUCCCUGGACGGCCAGGAGUUUUUCUGUGCUGGUCUCCUUAAUCUUCCCAAAGGGACUGCCCUCCUCGGUCACAGAAAUCUUCCUCUAUUUAGUUAUUGUCUAGACUCUGGAGGAUAAAAGCCCCGAGGGAAGAGAUGUGUACUUAAGAGGCGUGAUUUUUCCCUCACUGAGCUGUGCGGGGGUUUUAUUAGCGAUGGAUGGGGCAAGCAUCUCAAUUCGGAGGAGGAAAACCUGCAGCAGACAUGGGAGCCCCCUCUCAAUGCACCUCAAGUUUGAAUUCUUCUCAGGAAGGGGUCUCAGUGACAAGGGAACCAGUUUCUUCCAAAUGCGAGAGAUUUUAUCCAAGGACCUCUCUUUUGUUUGGAGGAUUUGCUCAUUUUUAUUUUAAAUCUGUGAGCUGGAAUUUUUUUGCUUUUGUUGGUUGGGGUAGGAUUAUGAGUUUUAGUUCCUGUUAGUGGCUCUACACCUGUAUUCGAUACCUAAAAACAUUUUUAAACUACACAGUUCUCCGAAGGGUUUGUGAGGUGUCUUGCUUUGAGAGUUACAGUAUAAAUUCAAGCCAUCUUAUGUUAAAAAAGAAAAAACAAGUCUAUGAAGGUGCUGGUUUAUUUAUAAAAUUCAGUUAGAUCUGUGUGAUUUGCUUUAACAUCUGCAAAAGCAAUUAUCAUAGCAUUUGAAUGUUUUAUUGCUGUCGCUCCUUUACAGGGCAGUGAUGUAUUAAAGAACUGUUGCAAAGAUGAAGAAAUAGCCACAAACGAUUAUAUGGUCCUUAAAUAGAACCAGUUGUGGUGUGUUUUCUUUUAAAUUACAUUUAUUUGUUUGUAUUUCUCUUUUUUUGGUGUAUUAUGCAUGUAGGUGUGCGCACACCGCAGUUUGAAGAUCAGAUGACUACUUGAUAAUACGAAGUUCUCUCCUACUGAGUAGGGUUCCACAUAGCCCAGGCUCUCCAUGAACUCUUGAUUCUGUUGGCUCAACCUCCCAAAUACAGUGAUUACAGGUCCAAAUAAGGCUGCAGGAUGUUGCUUAUAGAAAAGCACUCGCUUAGCACAUGUAAAAUCUUAAAUUUGAUUACCAACACCAUAAAGAUAAAAUGUCCAAAUACCGUAAACAAAUAAGAUUGUAAACUUCUGAAGAAUGGGACUACGUUUUAUUCUUUGUUUUCCUCUAGAAUAUAGAAGGUGUGUGUAUGUAGAAGCCACAGGACAACCUCAGGUGCCAUCCACUUCCUUGAGACAUGGUUUCAUCAUUGACCUGGAGGUUACUGACUAUGACAGACCAUUUGUCCUACAAGCAACUGUGUUUCUCUGCCUCCUCACUUCUGGAAUUGAAAUUAGAUAAUUCAAAAAUGGCAGAACUUGUUAUGGAAUGUGAAGAAGAAGAGUUGGAACCAUGGCAGCAGAAAGUAGAUGAAAUUCAAAAUAAAGACGAUGAUGAUGAUGAGUUGAUCUUUGUUGGAGAGAUAUCAAGUUCCAAACCAGCCAUUUCAAAUAUUUUGAAUAGAUGUAGCCCUGGUUCAUCUUCAAAGGGACUAAAGAAUUACUCACUCAAUCCAGCUAUUUCUAAUAUAUUCAGACCUGCAAAUCGACACUACAAAAAUCCAUUGCCUAAUCCAGUGGCUGCUUUGCCUAGAUUUCAUCCUAAAUCCAAAUCUUCAGAGAAUUCUGAUGUUCAGACUGUGUUUAAACCUAGUUUUUCAAAGACUUCAUCACAAGAUGAUCCAGGUGCUUCUUCUUCUGUCUUACAGUUAGACUCAACCAAGGAUAAACCAUCCUACAGCAUACUGAAAAAGAGUACAGAAGGUAUCGAACAAACUUCGUUAGGAUUAAAACAUCCUUCCACUUCCAAAUUAAACAGUGUUAAUCCAAAAAAGCCAAAGACCAAUGCAAGUGUUUCUGAAACAAAUCCUUCCUCUUCAUCAUCUUUAAAUGAGUCUCCUUCCGAGGCUUCCUCCCAGGUUGUACUAUCAAAUGAAAAUACCUCAUCAAUUCAGGCUGAAACUGGAGCACCUUCACUAAGAUCUUGUCCAAAUUGCAAGGUUAAGUUCAGUUUUUUGGAUCCUUUGAAAUGCCACAUGAAGCGUUGCUGCCCAGACAUGAUAAAUGACUUUCUGGAGACUGUUAAAUCAGAACAUUCAACGACUGACAACAAAGCUAACAUUGGCUCAGAUAAAGAAAAAUUGAUCAUGCUAGUUAGUGAUUUUUACUAUGGAAGACAUGAAGGAGCUGUUGAGGAAGACCUAAAGACUUACACAACUUUUAAAUGCUUCAGUUGCUCGAAAGUUCUUAAAAAUAAUAUUAGGUUCAUGAACCACAUGAAACAUCACUUGGAGCAUGAAAAACAGAACAGUGAGUCCUGGGAAAGCCAUACCACAUGCCAGCACUGCUAUCGGCAGUAUCCCAACCCCUUUCAGCUACAGUGCCACAUUGAGAGUACACACACUCCUCAUGAUUUUUCUACUAUUUGCAAAAUCUGUGAAUUGUCAUUUGAAACAGAGCAUAUGCUUUUACAACAUAUGAAGGACACUCAUAAGCCUGGUGAAAUGCCAUAUAUUUGCCAGGUUUGCCAAUUUAGAUCAUCAAUAUUUUCUGAUGUAGAAACUCACUUUCGAUCAUCCCAUGAGAACACUAAGAACUUGCUGUGUCCAUUUUGUCUCAAAGUUAGUAGAAUGGCAACCCCUUAUAUGAAUCAUUACAUGAAACAUCAGAAUAAAGGAAUUUAUCGUUGCCCAAAAUGCAGACUACAAUUUUUGACCUGCAAGGAGAAAACAGAUCAUAAGUUAGAACAUCGCACAUUUAUAAAGCCUAAAGGACUAGAAGGAUUGCCUGUUGGAACAAAAGUUACUAUUCGAGCUUCGUUUGGAUCUGCUCAAUCAAGAUCAUCAAGUCCACCUUCUAGUUCUAUUCCAAGCACGUCUCUUCAAGUAUCAGCUCCAGAGUCUAAAAGUACAACUACUAAAAUCAACACAAAAGUAUUUGCAAAUAAAAGUAAGAUAACUAAGUGUCAGACAGUCUUAACUGCGACAUGUAAGCCCAAUCCAAGUAAACCAGGUACAGGUGCAACUAAAUCCAAAGCCAAGUCCUCCUACAAGCAAAAGAAACAGCGCACGAGGAAAAACAAAUUCAGUAUUGCUCUGAAGAAUUUGAGAUAUCACCAGGGAAUUCACACGUGUAUUGAGUGCCAUUCCAAAAUAAAAGAUUUUUCAAGUCACUUUUCUACAUAUAUAAACUGUGAUUUUUGCAAGUACACUACUAACUGUAACAAAGCCUUUACAAAUCAUAUGAGCUCUCAUAGUGACCACCCAAGUAAACAGUUUUAUAUUUUUAAGAAGCAUUCAAGAGCACUCAGGGGUAUCACUCUAGUAUGCCUUAAAUGUGACUUCCUAGCUGAUACUUCUGGAUUAGACCGUAUGGCUAAACACUUAAAUCAACGUAAAACUCAUACUUGCCAAGUAGUAAUCGAAAAUGUUACUGAAAGAAACUUAACCUCCGAAUCCACUUCUGACGGCUUGUUGAAAUAGAUUCCUGCUCUAUGGAACUCGUGCAACCUGGUGCAAGACAAGUUGGAAUUUCCUAAGUUCAAAGUUCUGCAGUGUUUGCCUUUACAAAUCCAAUUUCCUAAGUUCAAAGUUCCUAAAUGUUCCAUAAAGGCAGUUAAAAUCCACAACACUAGUUCACAUUUUUUUCAACUCUUUUCAGCUUUCAGACAGCAGUAGAUUCUUGUUCCACCUUAUCUUUGUGUCAGGUUAACAUAUCUUAACCAGUACUUGGCUUCUCCAGUUAGCUCUGACUAAAAGAACUUUAGUUGCUAUAGUCUUUAACUUUAGAUAAUUUGUGUUUCUCUUUGCCUUCAGAAUAUUAAAUAUCAAACAGUGUAGCUAUUCUAUUUCUUUUUUCUAUUUUGUCUGCCUCUUAAUUUCUUCUAAGUCUUACUGCUCAAAUAGCUUUUUCCUUCAUUCUUUGUCUGUCAUUGUUCUAUUUUUCAUAUUUUUCAGGUGCAGAAGCAACACAAAUUUCAAAAAAUGUCCAGUAUACUCCUGGACAGUGUCCCCCUUCGAUGGACACAACGAAUGCCUGUUUUUCUUUCCACAGAAUGUGAAUUGUUUGACUGUGAGACCUGUUUCAAUUUGUGGCCUUGGGAAUCUAUCAGUUCAUAGGCAAAGUCCCUUCCUGCCUAACUAGCCUUACAUAAGGCUGAUGUUGAUUUGGCCAUCGAUAACCUCAAGGUCCACUAAAAUGAGCACAGCUUCCUAGUGGGGGCUUUGGUACUUAAGUUUAGGCUUAUGAACGAUUAUAAUAAUGAAAGCCCACCAAGUAAGUGCUUUAACACCCAAGUUCAAAUUUAAUCACUUUGGCUACAGUCCUUUAAUCUUCCACUAGCAUGAAUACAGUCUGGGGUAUAUGAAAAACCUGAUUGUAUAGGGAGUGAAAAUUGCUUUCAUGUUCUUGGAAAAACAAACUUUGUAAAGUUCUAGCUCCAAAGUAACUUUUUUAUGUUGUCAUUUAAAGUUUUAGCCAGUAUUCCAAGAGUUCUCAGCAGUGAUACUAUUUAAAUUCCUAAUUUUUUUUAAAUUCAAUUUUGAUAGCUUGGUUUUUGUCAUUCACCAAAUUUAUUGAUGUCUACUUUGUAUGUCAACUUUUGUAAUUUCUGAUUAAAUCUUUUGUGUUUGUUAAAAAUGCCAAGAAAUU